GGGCUCGGGCUCCGCCAUGUUGGGAGCGGAAGCGGAGUGAGCCGCGAUAGCCUUUGCGGGACAAGUCAGAAACUGAGGUUGAGCUUAGCUAGCGACGGCGGCGGCAGUUUCUUGUUGAAUUGUUUCUCCAGUCGUGGGGAGACUUUGGCUUCAUCCUUCCCGUUUUCUGGGCAGCCGCGUCCCGGGAGUCUCCUCCCCUUUCGGGGAGGAGGUGGCGGAGGAGGAGGAAGUGUCCUGACCCUUCGCUUUAGUAGGUGGCGGACUUGAAGUUCGAGAGGAAAGAUGCCGUUGGCGCAGCUGGCGGAUCCCUGGCAGAAAAUGGCUGUGGAGAGCGCGGCGGAAAGCAGCAGCAACAGCGCCGAGAAUGGCCAACAAAUUGUGGAUGAACCCAUGGGAGAAGAGGAGAUAAAUCAAACAGAAGAAGGCAACAUUAAAGAGAUUGCAAUAACAUAUCAUGUCAAAGAAGGGCAUGAAAAAGCAGAUCCUUCACAAUUUGAACUCCUUAAAGUCCUGGGACAGGGGUCUUUUGGAAAGGUAUUCCUUGUAAAAAAAAUCUCAGGAUCUGAUGCCAGACAGCUGUAUGCAAUGAAGGUCUUAAAAAAGGCAACAUUGAAAGUUCGAGAUCGUGUUCGGACAAAAAUGGAGCGUGACAUCUUAGUAGAAGUUAAUCAUCCCUUUAUUGUCAAAUUACAUUAUGCUUUUCAAACAGAAGGGAAGCUCUACCUUAUUUUAGAUUUUCUCAGGGGAGGAGACUUGUUUACACGUUUAUCCAAAGAGGUGAUGUUCACAGAAGAUGAUGUCAAAUUCUACUUGGCUGAAUUAGCACUUGCUUUAGAUCAUCUGCAUAGUUUGGGAAUAAUAUACAGGGAUUUAAAGCCAGAAAACAUACUACUUGAUGAAGAAGGGCAUAUUAAACUAACAGAUUUUGGCUUAAGCAAAGAGUCUAUUGAUCAUGAGAAAAAAGCAUACUCCUUCUGUGGAACAGUGGAAUAUAUGGCACCAGAGGUAGUUAAUCGGCGAGGACAUACACAGAGUGCAGACUGGUGGUCUUUUGGUGUGUUAAUGUUUGAAAUGCUCACUGGUACUCUACCUUUCCAAGGGAAAGACAGAAAAGAAACCAUGACUAUGAUUCUCAAAGCCAAACUUGGAAUGCCCCAGUUUUUAAGUCCAGAAGCUCAGAGUCUUCUACGAAUGCUUUUCAAAAGGAACCCUGCAAACAGAUUAGGAGCAGGUCCAGAUGGAGUUGAAGAAAUUAAGAGGCAUCAUUUUUUCUCCACAAUAGAUUGGAAUAAAUUGUACAGAAGAGAAAUUAAUCCACCAUUUAAGCCUGCAACUGGUAGACCUGAAGAUACAUUUUAUUUUGAUCCUGAAUUUACAGCAAAAACUCCAAAAGACUCACCCGGUAUUCCUCCCAGUGCUAAUGCUCACCAACUCUUUCGAGGCUUCAGUUUUGUAGCAAUUGCAUCAGAUGAUGAAAGUCAAGCAAUGCAGACAUCUGGUGUGCACUCAAUUGUUCAGCAGUUGCACAGGAACAGUAUUCAAUUUACUGAUGGAUAUGAAGUCAAGCAAGACAUAGGAGUUGGCUCUUAUUCCGUAUGCAAAAGAUGUAUACAUAAAGCAACAAAUAUGGAAUAUGCAGUAAAGAUAAUAGACAAGAGUAAAAGGGACCCCACGGAAGAAAUAGAAAUCCUGUUGAGAUACGGACAACAUCCAAAUAUUAUUACUCUUAAAGAUGUAUAUGAUGAUGGGAAAUACGUAUACCUAGUAACAGAACUAAUGAAAGGAGGAGAACUUUUGGACAAAAUCCUUAGACAAAAAUUUUUUUCUGAAAGGGAAGCCAGUGCUGUCCUGUUGACAAUAACAAAAACGGUUGAAUACCUCCAUGCACAAGGAGUGGUACACCGAGAUUUGAAGCCCAGCAAUAUCCUGUAUGUUGAUGAAUCAGGCAAUCCAGAAUCAAUACGGAUUUGUGAUUUUGGCUUUGCAAAGCAGCUAAGAGCAGAAAAUGGCCUUCUAAUGACUCCUUGUUACACAGCAAACUUUGUCGCUCCUGAGGUUCUAAAAAGGCAAGGCUAUGAUGCAGCAUGUGACAUAUGGAGUCUUGGUGUUCUGCUUUACACAAUGCUGACAGGCUACACUCCCUUUGCAAAUGGUCCUGAUGAUACCCCAGAGGAAAUUUUGGCACGAAUAGGUAGUGGGAAGUUCUCUCUCAGUGGUGGAUACUGGAAUUCUGUUUCAGAUACAGCGAAGGAUUUGGUUUCAAAAAUGCUUCACGUUGACCCUCAUCAGAGAUUGACAGCUGCCCAAGUUCUGAAACAUCCAUGGAUUGUUCACUGUGAUCAGUUGCCUCAGUUCCAGCUAAACCGGCAGGAUGCUCCACAUCUUGUGAAGGGUGCCAUGGCUGCUACCUACUCUGCUUUGAACCGAAAUCAGUCACCUGUUUUAGAGCCAGUGGGACGCUCUAUACUUGCUCAGCGAAGAGGUGUCAAAAAAAUUACCUCAACUGCCCUGUGAAGUUACCUCAAUUGAAAAUUUCGGUACCAUAGUUAAAGAUGAUAGCACAAAUCUUGGCAACAGGUAGCACAUAUCCAAGAUACCUGCAAGCACACUGUUCCAGCUGGUACCUGUUAUGCUGCUGUUUCCUGCUUUCAUCUACUCUUGCUUUAAACUGCUGAUGGUAAAAAAAAAAAAGAAAACAUUGCCCUUCAGAUGGAAUGUAAAGUGGAAUCAAUGUAAAGUGGAAAAUGAACAUGCUUGUGAGAGAGAAUUAUGAACACUUCUCACAUAAAUACACUGAAUAAAGCACUCUGCACCAUAUAGCAUUAUUUUUAUAGGGAAUGUUUCUGGUCCCUUUAAAAUAUUCUUUGUUACAUGUAUGGAUGGACCGUUUAUGUUAAGCACUUAGCUUAAACAAUCUGUUUAUAUGAGCACUGUAUUAUUUGUGCCAUCCAGCAUUUUAUAUGUUUUGUAAACUUACCAUAAACAGUACACUUCUAUACUGUUUCUUUUACAAGCCUUCUAUUUAGAUUAAUUAAAGGACAAUUAAAUCUGAUUAAACCAUUAAUCAGUAUGGUUGGACAUCUCUAAAGCAGCUAGACUGUUAAACAGCUAUUGAUUGUAAUAUUGCAAAUAAACGUUUCCCUCGCCUGUGUUUCUCCCAGUCCCCACAGAUAUAUUGUUUAGGAGUCACGAGAAACUAGAGGUGUUAUAGCAUUUAAAGCUAUAACAGGAUUAUUGCUAUAACAUAUGCAUUCAGCACUGAACUGAAGUGAAAAAGCAGUUAGCUGUGUAUUGCUAGUUCCAUUGUCCUUUUUGUUGACCUUGGAAGCCAGGGCAGAAUAGUUUUAUUUCAGUUCAGGUUUUGCCUGUAACUGGUCAUUCUUUAACUUCAUUGCUUUAAGAGUAGGUAUAAUUUGUGUGCAGUACUGAAGGACAAUAGGGGUAAAUGUCAUUUUUAAAGCUACAGUAGCAUGUGGUCUAAUAAUGGGUAUGCUGGUGGAGUUUUUUCUGUUAUCAGGAAAUGACAAAAGCAGAUCUAUUGUACUUCGGCUAUGUUUAAGCUGUAAUCAAAAGUAGCAUGACUGUGACCAGAGUAUGUGUGGCCAGUUACUAUGAGCUUUGGUGGACUUGUUUAUGUUAUAUAAUCAGGAUCCAAAUCAAAACAGAGCAGCAUCUUCAGUUUUUAUCAUCUUCUUUGUAAAUAUAGAAUAGUGCUAUAUCUUCAACUUUUUAUUGGUUUCAACCAGUAAACCAGUUAGCAACACUUUCUGGGAAACACUGAAGUUACAGCGAUAAAAAUGUGCAAUGUACUGAAGAGCAGCUUAAUUUUGAUGGAUCCCAAUAUUCUACCAAAGAAAUUCUUCUUUAUGUAAUAUUUGCCCAUUGUGUUUUGUCAAUAAUGUAUUCAGUGUGUUAAAGAAAAUGACAGCAAAGAGAAGUCUGGCAUCCUUAGUCUUGGUGCAAAUAUUACCUUCCUUCUGAUCCUAGACUCCUAUGAUUUUUCUUGUUUUUCCUCUUCAGAUUUAUCUGUAGAAAACGGCUUCUUCUUAUAUGCUUUUGCCUUAAUAUGUUAAUGUGAUUACUUUUUCUAUUCCAUCAGCUUUGUGCUAGCUUUUUUGUUUGUUUCAGAUGAUCAGAAAUAAUACAGCUUUUAUUCAGCACUGGUUAUUUAAAACAUUAUUGCUGUUUAAGAACUGAUAGUUUUUUCUUCUUUGCAUCUGAGUAAUUUCAUAUUUCUGUCAUGUAUUUAUGUUUAAAGAUACCCACUCUUCUGGUUACAUUUUCCCUUUAGUUGCGCCACCCAGGGGCCUUUAAUUUAUUAUUAUUUGGUGAAUUUUGGUCUUUAGAACCCCGUUUUUACAAAUAUUGGUAUGCAUGAAGACUUUUUAAAACCAUCUUUUCUCCAUAUGUUGUCUGCAGCCUUUAUUGCAGUGAUAAAUACAAAACUCCUUAUUCCCCACAACUGACCUGAACAUUAUUCUAAUUUUUCUGAACACUUCAUAUUGAGUUUUGGAAGAAUUUAGCUGAUAAUCAGGGAGGUAUGUCCACUGUUGUUUGUACUUGUUAAUUUUUAGUGUUCUAUGCGAAGAAUGAGCCAUCUACAUUUUCUUUUUUGGAGAUUAUUGGGUGGUGGACUAUAAAAUGACCUCUUAAUUUUCUUCCUUUAAUUUUAUGUACAAUUUUAAUAGAUUGCUGCUAUUACCUAUGUGGUCCUUGAUGUUUCAUCCCCAGUGUAUCACUUGCAUCUCAGCACCAUUUUGCCUCUGAAGCACAUCUGAUGCAAUUUACAGCUAAAUAAACAGAAUUUGUAAUAUUUAUCUGACUUCUGAAGGGGCACAUAAA